CGGAUGGGCGGGGCCUGCUCGCGGUGGCUUGUGGCUCCUUCCUGUGCAGCCUCUCUCUUUCGCGUAGGCCAGCGGUACCGGCAAGAUGGGCAAGUGUCGUGGGCUCCGAACUGCUAGGAAGCUCCGCAGUCACAGACGAGACCAAAAGUGGCAUGAUAAACAGUACAAGAAGGCCCAUCUGGGCACAGCCCUGAAGGCCAACCCUUUCGGAGGUGCUUCCCAUGCAAAGGGGAUUGUGUUGGAAAAAGUAGGAGUUGAAGCCAAACAGCCAAAUUCUGCCAUCAGGAAGUGUGUCAGGGUCCAGCUGAUCAAGAAUGGCAAGAAAAUCACAGCAUUUGUACCCAACGAUGGUUGCUUGAACUUUAUUGAGGAAAACGAUGAAGUUCUGGUUGCUGGAUUUGGUCGAAAAGGUCAUGCCGUUGGUGACAUUCCUGGAGUCCGCUUUAAGGUUGUCAAAGUAGCUAAUGUGUCUCUUCUGGCCCUUUACAAAGGCAAGAAGGAACGACCAAGAUCAUAAAUUUUGAUGAAAACACAGUAAUAAAUUUUCAUAUGCCAAAAA